CAGUGGCUGAACGAAGCCUGGAAGAGGCGGGACGCUGCUGCCUCGGAAGUGAAGAGAAGCUCCUGGCCCCUCCCCCACUGUAUAUCAGGGGCAGCAGUAACGCAGUGCUAAGGGAGAGCGCAGUCAUGGGGUUCCGUGUUACCUGUGCCAGGGCGGUGCUGCUGGUGCUCCUAUCCCUCGGCCUCACCCUAGCUCUUGGCUUCGCACUCCCGGAGGCGCUAAAGCUCAUCUUCAGGAUUUUGGGGUUCCCCAGUGACAGUGUGACACAUGGCAUUGUGCUGCUGUACGUGGUGUUUGUGCUGUGGCUUGCCAUGCCAGCUAUACCCAGGGGCAGUCUGCCAGUCGAGGGAAAGGAGGUGCUGAUCACAGGCUGUGAUACUGGAUUUGGAUUUGCUUUGGCAAAGCACUUGCAUAAAUUAGGAUUUACAGUAUUUGCUGGGUGUUUGUUAAAAGAUAAAAAUGGAAAUGGAGCCGAAGAGCUACAAGGAAUGCAGUCUGAUCGCAUGCAUGUUUUCCAACUGAAUGUCUGCAAUGAGGAAGAGGUUGCCAAAGCAGUUGAGUUUGUCAAACAGCAUCAAGAGAAUCCAGAAAAAGGUUUGUGGGGAGUGGUUAACAACGCUGGCAUCUCUACAUUUGGAGAUGUGGAAUUCACAACUUUGGAUAAAUAUAAAGAGGUUAUGGAUGUUAAUCUGUGGGGAACUGUAAGAAUAACAAAAGCAUUCUUGCCUCUUAUCCGUCAAGCUAAAGGGCGGGUGGUUUGUGUGGGAAGCACACUUGGAAGAAUGUGCAAGCCGUCACGCUCUUGUUACAGCAUAUCCAAAAUUGGAGUUGAAGCGUUCACAGGUUGCCUGAGACAAGAGAUGUACCAAUGGGGUGUAAAGGUCAUUAAUAUUGAAGCUGGAAACUUUAUUGCUGCCACCGAGCUUUUCACCAAGGAAGGCGUUGAGAAACGAGGUGAAGAAAUGUGGGAGGAAGCCUCAGACCUAGUGCGUGCUGAUUAUAGAAAGACUCAUCUCGUGCAUCAGGUGACCAGGAUGAAGUCCAUUGUUGGUUGUGGCACAAAAGAAACAACUGAUGUUCUAAAUGCCAUAACAGAUGCCUUGAGAUCUAAAUUUCCAUACACACGCUAUACCCUCGCAGACACCUAUUCGUGGAUAGAGUUUCAGAUUAUGUCUCACCUUCCCACUGCUAUUGCAGACUGGAUUUACAUUUCCUGACACAGUUUUAAUCUUUUUCUUAUUGUGUUUUUUUUUUUUAUUGGAGUGUCUCUCUUUCAGAAUCUAAUAUAUAGUGCCCAACCAUUUCUCUUCCUCUCAAGUUCCUGCUUCAUGAAGGUUAAAUACUUAGCCUAUUAUAAGGUACCAUCCAAUCUGCACUUUUCCAGCUUCUUCUGAACCACAACUUACAGCAUCUCUCAAAGGUCAAAUGGGGACAAGGAAUUUUAGUACAUGAAUGUGAAUGUAUGAGGAGAACCCUGCUAGAGGGAGACAGCAGGCACACAGUGGGCCAUAUUUAUAAAGCUGUGUAAGAUGUUUAUGCCUAAAACUCACAUCACUGUUCUUAACACCAGAACUUUACAACCUGAUACACAUUUUGCCAACAUUGAUUACACAGCUUUAUAAUUACUUGUGACUUCACACUGCUUUAAGCUAAAGAUUUAUUUUUACACACCUUUAUAAAUAUAGCCUUAUUUGCUGAAGAUGCAAUACAGACCAUAUGCUUUAUUCUGGCUGUUCACACUUAAUUGGUUAGAUUCAAUUUAAGGAAAUAAACUCAUCUCACGGGUUUCCUUAGGCUACAAUGUGUUACAAGUUUUCAUAAGAUAACAUUUUCAUCUCAGAUUGAAUCUAACCCUGUCUUCUUGUCAAGAAAGUAUAUUAUGGUGGGUGAAUGUUUGCAUUUAAAUAAAAUUAGGGUAUUUUUAAAAAUAUAAUUUAAAAAAAGCCAUGUUAACAGCUUUACCAUUGCAGAAAUGUUAAUAGAAUCUGAUAUUAGAAAUUAUGGAAAAUAAUAAUAUAUACUUUAAGUGGAAUAACUAUAUAAUUUGUGUAUGUAAGCUUUGCAGCUGAAUGUUACAACAGCAAGACACACUGGAAACUGUAAAUGUUUGCACUGAAAAGCCAUAUUUGUGGGAAUCGUAGGUAUCUGCAGUAUGAAUACUUUUUCUGCUUUGGCACAGCCUGUCAGAAUUUUUGCUUCAGUAACAGGACUUUAGGUUGUA